UAAACAAAAUGGCAGCUUCCAUGGGAAGUGAUGAAUCUUUCUCAAGUGCAGAGAGGCCUGUAUUAGAGCCGCUGUUGCUCCCAGAUUCUGAGUUGGGCCAGCCGAACAGUGGACGUGACUCACCUAGGAACACUCUACCAUGUAUGCUAUGUGCAGAAACAGUUGACAUUACAGAAAAACUUGAUGACUAUUUAAAACAUUUAUUGGAAAUACAUAAGUUUGUUAUUGCAGAUGUUAACUUAAUAUCCAGUUUUAAUAGUUAUUGUUUAUACUGGAAGGAAAGAUUCAAACAACACCCACUGAAAGAGUUCUGCACUGAAGUACAAACUACAAAAACAAAAGAAGGAGAGCAGUAUUACAUGCUGAGUGAUGUGUUGCCAGAAGACAAACAGUUACGUGAACUCUUACAGAAAAGAAAAUUGGAAUAUGUCCUGGAAACACAACAGCGAGAAAGAGAAGAUGAAACAUUCUGUAGAGGAUGUCUUUUCUGUAGAGAACAUUUUACAGGUAACAGAUCUUUGAUGUUUAACCAUAUGGCAGAAGACCAUAGUUUCAAUGUUGGGCAGCCAGAUAAUUUAGUAUUUACAAAUGAGUUCCUAGAUAUAUUGGAAGAAAAGCUGAACAGUUUACAGUGUUUAUACUGUGAGAAAACAUUUAGGGAUAAAGUAGUGCUAAAAGAACACAUGCGGAAAAAACAACACAGAAAAAUCAACAGUAAAAAUCGCAUAUAUGAUAAAUACUACAUUAUCAAUUAUUUGGAACUUGGUAAAAAUUGGGAGAAGAUUCAGAAAGAAAGGGACAUAAUUGAAGCUGAUAAUGAUGAAACUGAAUCUGAAGAUGAGUGGUCAGGGUGGGAGGAGGAGGCAGGUGGUCAGGCUGUCUGUCUGUACUGUGAAUUUUCAUCCAGCAAUGCUGAUAAGCUCCGCCUACAUAUGCAGGAACUUCAUGACUUCGAUCUGCAGGAAUUGAAACUCCGGUUAAACUUAAACUACUACCAGCAAGUGAAGCUAAUAAACUAUAUACGUAGGCAGGUUCAUAUGAGAAUAUGUAUAGGAUGUCAUCAAAAGUUUGAAACAAAAUCAGCUCUUUUUGACCACAUGCAUGAAUCAAGCCAUACCAAUGUUCUCCCAGAUAUGUUGGUCUGGGAUCAACCCCAAUACUACUUUCCAACCUAUGAGAAUGACAACCUCCUAUGUCAGCUGGAUGAUGAGGAUGAUAGUGUGGGUGACCAUAGCAACAUAAAUAUUAUAGCUGAAGACACUCCAGUUAUAGAUACAAUACUCUCUGAGGAAACUCUUAGGAAAGAAAUCUUGACAACUUAAUGUGAAAAUUGCAAAAAUAUUUCGAGAAAUAUUGACAACGGAGCAUAUUUCUAUUUAUAAAUAUUGUCUUUAAAUACUGUGAUGUUUUGGUAAUUUAUUAGAGACUAUUUCCUUUGAUGUAUUGAUGCAUGAAUAAAGUUGAAGUGAUAAAAUUUGAA